AUGAACAAGAUAACGGUGCGACGCAAACGGUUUUUGUGGCACCCCGACGACAUCGACGCAUACUACUCGGACGACUACUUUUCCGACGACAAUGAGCGCAGGCACAAGCUUUUCAAGCCCCGACCAACGCCCAUGGCGUCUCUCAUGAACCUCGAGCUCGGCGAGUACGAGCUCCUCCGGUUCUAUAAGAAUGAUUCAUCACCGUUGCUGGUGGCGGCCACGGGAAAAAAUAAGGAAGCACAAGGAUUCUGGAUGGAAAACGUGACGAAGCUGGCUACUAGCAACGAAGCUCUCAAGGAAGCGUGCAUGGUGUUCGCCAUGAUGCACCUGGGACACAACCACAAGCAUGCCACGUAUCUGUUAAAAGACGGCGAGGAAGUCCCCAAAGAAAAACUCCCUCCAACGGACUUAUCCCACGUCAUCGGAUACACACGGUUGGAUGAGGCUAUGCUGGAACAGAUGUUCAUUCGAUUCACCAACACCAUUAAAGCACACAAACAACAAAUCAUGACCAUGACGCUGGAGACUUCCGAGUCUGUAUUGCUCUCAAGCGUGCUCAUCUAUCUUAUCGCCAUGAGUAUGGGUCCAUACGUGCCGCUGUUCAACUUUGAUGGCGGUGCCGACCUGUUCAGUUUGGGCCGAACAAUCUCAGACCUAACCUUCCUCUUCAGUAACGCUCCACUGCCCACACCCUUCUACCUCAACAAUGAUUUUGAUCUCAACGAUGAACGCGAGAAACUGCCUAGAGAAGAAGAUCUAUGGGAGAUCAUUGAUUUUGUGAACACAGACGAGGAGCUGUCGUCGACGGAGAAGAAACGCAUCCAGAGGAUUCUCACAACAGAGCUCAAAAACCUAGUCGGUUUGUUCCACAUGGACGCUGCAGGCAUGUCUGUAUCACAUAUUGCCGGAUGGUGCACGUUUUGGACCCCCGACUUCUAUAAGCUGCUCCGGGAGGAGAUGAACACAUACGCGCUGCUGUUUGUGUGCUACUGGUGUGGAUAUGCGCAUAUGUGGCACGUCUUGUUUUGGUGGGGGGACCGUAUACAGGAAGACUUGCUGCAUUUGAUGGACCACCUCCCAUCAAGAGUGCAUCACUUCUUGAAGUGGCCGCUAGAGAGCUGUUCCCGGUUUGAUAUCAACUACUUUGAUCUGCUGAGUGGAAAGAUGCGGGAUUUGUAUUUAUGA